AUGUAUACGUCAAGGAAGAAGAUUCACAAGGACAAGAACGCUGAACCCACUGAAUUUGAAGAGUCAGUUGGACAGGCAAUCUUUGAUUUGGAAACAAACUCGGACCUGAAAAGUGAACUGAAGGAUCUAUAUACAAUUCAGCUGUUCAAGUUGAUGUGGCUGGGAACCGGAAGGCGGUUGUUAUCCACAUACCAUAUAGACUUAGGAAGGCUUAUCGCAAGAUCCAUGUUCGGAUGUGAGGGAGCUAGAGAAGAAAUUCAGUGGAAAGUUCUGAUCGCCACACGGAGGAUAGUGAGGCCUCCAAAGAAAGGGUCUGCUGUCCAACGGCCCCGCACUCGUACUCUAACUGCUGUGCAUGAGGCAAUGUUGGAGGAUGUUGUUUUGCCUGCUGAGAUUGUUGGUUUUCUUGGAUCCAAGGAACGAAACAACACGGAGUACAAGCUGGAGAGCUUUUCUGCAGUUUACAGGAAGCUUUCAGGAAAAGAGUUGUGUUUGAUUACCCAAUAA